AUGCAAGUGUAUGGUAUAUCUCGUUUAACUUCAAAUACAAUGAGACGAGCAUUUCCUAUAUUUCGAAAUUUAUUACAAACAGAAACUCUGCGUACAACAAACUUUUGUCGUUUUGCAUCAACUGGAAGUGAUCAACAAAAACAAAAUGAUGACAAAAAAACGAACAUGACAAAUUUAUUUUAUAUUCUUGGAGGUUUAGCAGGUGCAGGUUUAAUCUAUUCAGUGAUUCGAAAUCGAAAAAUUUCUCAAGAAAAACAAAAAGCGCUUUCAGAAUAUGAUAAUAAACGCGAUGAUGCCAACAAAACACUUGCUGAAAAAGCACAAGAUUUACAAGAUGGAAAAUCACUAGAUGAAGAUUCGAAAUCGGUGAAAAAAGAAGAAUUAACACCACAUAUUCCGAAUUUUGCUCAAUAUUUAAUAAUUGGUGGAGGUACAACUGCCAUGAGUGCAUUUAAAACUAUUCGAGCACUCGAUCCAACUGCCAAAGUUCUUGUAGUAAGUGCAGAGAAUUACAUGCCAUAUAUGCGUCCACCACUAUCAAAAGAUAUUUGGUAUACAGAUGAUGAUGAUCUUAUCAGCAAACAUUCAUUUAAACAAUGGAACGGAAAUGAGAAAAGUUUAUAUUUUAUUGAUAAUGAAUUUUACAGUGACGUGAAAACAUUGAACGAACAAGAGAAUGGUGGUGUUGCAGUUGUUCUUGGAAGAAAAGUUACCAACUUGGAUUUAAAGAAUUCUGUAGCCAAACUAGAUAAUGGAUGGGAAGUCACAUUUGAAAAAUGUUUGAUAGCUACAGGUGGUCAAGGAAAAAAUUUGAAAAUAUUUCAAACAGUAUCAAAUCGUUUAAAAAACAAAAUAACACUCUAUAGAGGCGUAAGUAUUGACUCUUAUAUUAUAAUUAUGUUUUAUAUUAGUAUAGUAGUGACAAAGAAUUGUAUGCUUCAAUGA